AUGAAGAUCCUAGAGGCGAGGUCAAGCUUCUUGACCAAUCAUGAAGUCGCACUACACAUUCAAGAGCUUGUGCGUUUUCAAGACUCGCAUCUAAAACAUGAAGGCUCCUACACUUCCGCCCUAGAGUCAGACAACCUUCGCACAGUCCAGUAUGAGCUUCAGGCCUACCUUGAUAGCUUGCCAGUUUCUCAAGUCAAUGCAAAGCGUAUUCGAGCUUUCUGUACAGAGCUUCUCACAUUCGACCCAGCUCCACCGCCUGGCGAAGAGUCCUUGGACUUGAGCUUGACUUCCUUAACCAAGGGUGAAAAGCUCAUGUGCAUCAACAAUGUACCCUCAAAUGUCGCUGAGCUCAGUGCCGUCAUUGAGGAGUUCACUGAUCGCUUCAAGGCUGAA